GUUUUGCAGAUAUAAGGUGAUCCUGUAACAGCGACAGACCCUACCGCUAUACCGGGGGACGGUCAAACAAUCUGCAAGAAGAUCAGAAUAAAAAACGACGGAGUUUAAUUAAAUUUUCGUACUGUAGUCUUCAAUAAAAUUUUUAUUUCUGUAUUAAUUUUAUACGCUCGGUGAAUUCUUACGAACGCAGCACGGCCUUGAUCUGAAAUCAAGUCUUGAUGAUGGCCAAUAAGACACUUAACUGUUCCCUUGGAUUUUUUGUUUUUCCACCCGACCGCAAAAGCCACAAUUGUAUUAGUUUCAGGGUGUCUUUAUGGACGGGUUUUAUUGUCUAUUAGCUAUCUCAAUUUAAACCAAAUUAGCAUAAUUGAAAAUGUGCUGAUUUCUGUAUGUCAUGUGUAUAUCCAUUCGGACUGCAUCAAAUUACUUUUCGUCUUCUCAUAGUUUUCACUCAACAACGCAAUCGUAUCGAAUUUGUUUGGAGUAACAGGCCGUCAUCAAAAAUUGAACCAACAUGGCUUCCCAAAUCGUGCUGAUCUCUGGUUGUUCUAGCGGCAUAGGACUCGCUACAGCGGUGUUGCUCGCUAAAGAUGCUGACAAACGCUUCAAGGUUUACGCCACCAUGAGAAAUCUAGCGAAGAAAGGGCAACUGGAGGAAGAAGGAAAGGACUGUCUUGGAGACACAUUGAUUAUCAAACAGAUGGACGUGUGUAGUGAUGAAUCAGUCGAGAAAGCUGUAAAAGAAGUGCUGGACGCUGAGGGAAGGAUUGAUGUGUUAUUUAACAAUGCUGGUAUAGGUGGCAUGUUCACCGUGGUAGAAUGUACUCCGAUGGCCCUGGCCAAAGAGCUGUUUGAAGUGAACUACUUUGGAGCCCUUCGGUUAAUCCAAGCUGUGCUGCCCAACAUGAAAGCGAGGCAAAGUGGACACAUCAUCAGCAACAGUAGUACUAUGGGAGUUGUUGGCACACCUUUCAAUGAACUCUACUGUUCAACUAAGUUCGCCCUUGAAGGACUGAGCGAAGCUUUGGCCCCUACUCUGCUCCAUUUUAAUAUCAGGUGCACGAUACUCGAGACAGGCCCCACAGCGACCCUAGGGCCUGAAAACUCUAAAGCCUUUCUAGCGAAAUUUAAAUUGUCGGAAGCUGACCAAAAGACCAAAGAACUGCUGGAAACGUUUUCAGGAAGAAUGUAUCAUUUGUUCAUUAGCACGAUGCAAAGUCCAGAUGAGAUUGCAGAAGUCGUAAGGGAGGUCAUACUUAAUGAGAAACCAAACCUACGCUAUCAAACAAAUGAAAAAUACAACCCAGAAGAAAUCAAGGAAAAACUUGUUGAUCCAACAGGAAAUGCUUUGGUUCAAAUGGUCAAGAAAACAUUCCUCGAUGAAGAAUAACUUGUUGCACAAGCAGAGGAAUUUUAAAUUUCAGUAAUCAUAGGUAAUCUGUUUUGGUCAGUCAGUUAACCUGUCGUUUAGUGGAACGCGCGAAAUAAAAAUGUGAAUGAGAGAAGCAAAAAGAGAAAGACUAAGCAUGCUCGAUUUCGGCCGCUCACUCGAGCCCGGUCUAGUCGUUAUCACAUGAGUUCCGGGGAAGAGGGAGCGCGGGCUCCUUUCUCGAACAGCGGUCGGCAAUCGAACCCUAGGGGGUGGGGUGGGAGUUUGGCUUAAGGAAAAAGCUGUUGAGAAAGUCGUCGUCAGGUAUCGGUCUCCUGGCAUUCGCCGGGUUUAUAUCUAACAAGAGUCAGUUUGGAGAUUUCACACUGGAUAGACAGCUUUACAGAUAGUCGUGUGGUUUAACUGUGGUUUAAUCUCAGACAUGAUUCUACCCAAGAAUGGAAUAACUUGAAGGUACGAACGAAGAUGUCUACGCACGUUUAUUUCGUCCGCUCCACUAUACUACAGCUUGAGGGUCAUAGUGUCUUGAUAGCUGCUUGUUUAGAUAUUAUUCUAGAUAGGAACAUAUUAUGCUUAAAUAUUAAAACUUCCCUGGUCUCCAAUCA